AAAUAAAUAUUUAUUUGUGGUAGUGAGCUACCGCCUUCGCUUGAUUCAUAUAAACCCCAAAAAAUUCACAAAAAUGAAACUCUCAAACCAAAAAUCAAUGCCAAUUAUCAAACUCAGCAAUAAUUCUUCUGAUUUCUCAUGGCCAUCCAUCUGAAUCUCAGCACAACUUCUUCUCUUCCUUCAAACCCUUCCUUUCUCAAACACAAACAUAACGUCAAAUUCAAUCACCCUCCUUCUUCUUCUUUAAUAAACAACAAGAUAUGUGCUCAAUCACAAGGAACUGACGCUGGUGUUUCUGAGGACGAUUCUUCUCUUGGAUCUUUAUCUUCUUCUCGUGCACAGCUGGAUCUCUUGGAGCAAUUUACAUCUACAACCUCAUCAAUCAAUGGUAAUGAAACCGCUGGCGGCUCUCGGAAACUUUCAAUUCGCGACCAACUUGCGCAGUUGGUUGGAGAUAGGGACGAUGAUUUCACCAUUCCCUUAGGUAAGAACUUGAAGAAAGUGAGUGCGAAAUUCUUAACAACUUCACAAAGGAGAAAUAUCAAGAGACAGAAUUAUCUAAAUGAGGUUUCUCAAAGAAAUGAUUCAACUUUUUUUGCAACUAUAGGAGCUUUUGUCAUUCUUCCACCUCUUAUUAUACUAGGAAUAGCUAUAUCAACUGGUUAUGUACAGCUUUUACCUUAAAGACAUAAUGAUUUUAGUGACUCUGAAUAGAAAUAUUUGCAUAUUA